AACGAGAGUUUAUCUAGAGAGAAAGCAACACUGGUUUCUGAUUAUUUGGAGCAAGUUGGAACGGUUGUAAUUAUUGGAUCGACAACGAUUUUAAUAUCUUCUUAAUUUUUUUUGAUUCUGUUAUUAUUACCGAUUUAAACGUCUUUCUAUAGUAUAUUCGAAAUGUCUACGAAAUCCUCAGUGGAUUUGCGAGCGGAGUUGGCAGAAUUAGUAAAACGUAAAGCUGAAAUCGCUGAUACGUUAGCUAACUUAGAACGUCAAAUAUAUGCCUUUGAAGGAAGCUAUUUAGAGGACACACAAUUAUACGGAAACAUAAUAAGAGGUUGGGAUAGGUAUUUAGCAAGCAACAAAAACACUAACAGUAAAGCUGACAAACGUAACAGAAAAUUUAAAGAGGCUGAGAGAUUAUUUUCUAAAUCAUCUAUUACAUCUAUGGCAGCAGUUAGUGGACUUGUAGAGAAUGCACAAGAAAAAAUUGAACGAUACAGUGAGUCGGAGUCUCAAAUUGGAAAUAGUGGAAGUGAGGACAAUUGCAACUUUGGCAAUUCAAAUGCAAUCUCUUCUAACAAUAAUAAAGAAGCUAGCGGAAAAAAUCAUACUUCUAUUCAAACUGGAUAUGCCCAAAAUAAUGGCACUCUUAAUAGUUCGGAAAAUACUUCAAUUCAAUUUACAAAUGGAUCAAUGUCCAAUGGAAAUUUAGAACACAUUACCACACCUGUCAAAGAAUGUCACAGUAAUAGCAAAGACUCAAAUAAAAAUAAAUCUACAAACAGCGCAAAAAAGAAUAGCAAUAAAAGAUCUAGAAAUAGGUAGAAAUUUUCCUAAUUAUACAUAUGUAUUAAUGGUACAUGCAUUAACUCUUUGUUACAUGGCAUUAAGCGAUACAAACAUUGCACUCGUUAUUUAUGAAUGACGAGCCUAGAGACUAGCUCUAAGAAUCUUUACUCAUUUAUAACAUUGUAUUCAUUAUGUUCAUAUUUUUGGUGCAUAAUAUUUGAAACAUAUUAAUAUUAGGAGGGCGAUUUAGAUACGUUUUUGUAUAUAACAGAAACAAAACAUUUCCAUUUCAACUUAAACUAUAUUAAAAAUAUGAUUAAGUUAAUACAUUUUAUCUUACGCUAAUAAAUUAAUUUCUAUAUAUUAUAUGUAUAUGUAUUAAUAAAUAUAAUUAAUACGUUAAUACAUGUUAUA